AUCUUGUCCUGUUGUGUUCUGGAGGACUGUUCCUGCUGAGCCCAGGACCUCCACCUGCAGGCUUGUUUGAAGGAUUUCUCUUCAGACUGCUACAAUUUCAGAUUCCAGGUGGUUUCUGUUGGACCUCCAGACAUUUCAAGAUGCCACUGACACGAUCCCUGUCCAUGACAUCCCUGAGCGGGGUGCUGCCAGCCUGGGAGGAGGAUGACUUGCCUGUGGAAGACCUGCUGCUCUUCGAGGUGGCCUGGGAGGUCACCAACAAAGUUGGAGGAAUCUACACGGUGAUUCAGACCAAAGCUAAGAUCACAGUGGAUGAAUGGGGAGAGAACUACUAUAUGAUGGGGCCCUACUUCGAGCACAACUUUAAGACCCAGGUGGAGGGCUGCGAACCACCAAACCCCGCCAUCAGGAAGGCCAUGGACGCUCUCAUCCAGAACGGCUGCCAGGUUCAUUUUGGCCGCUGGCUGAUCGAGGGCAGCCCCUAUGUCAUACUUUUUGACAUUAGCUCUGCAGCCUGGAACCUGGACCGCUGGAAGGGGGACCUGUGGCAGACCUGUAACAUCAGCCUGCCCUACCAUGACAGAGAGGCCAACGACUCCCUCAUCCUGGGCUCCCUGAUCGCCUGGUUCUUCAAAGAGUUGACAGACCAGCUGGGAAACAAACCCAAUGUUAUUGCUCAUUUCCAUGAAUGGCAGGCUGGUCCAGGGCUUAUUCUCUCUCGCUCCCGCAAGAUUCCCAUGGCAACGGUCUUCACUACACAUGCCACCCUGCUGGGACGAUACCUCUGCGCAGGGAAUGCUGACUUUUACAACAACUUGGACAAGUUCAACAUUGACAAGGAGGCGGGUGAGAGGCAAAUCUAUCACCGUUACUGCCUGGAGAGAGCAGCAGUCCACUGUGCCCAUGUCUUUGCAACAGUCUCCCAGAUCACCGCUGUGGAAGCUAACCACAUGCUUCACAGGAAGCCAGAUGUGGUGACCCCCAAUGGUCUGAAUGUGAAGAAGUUUUCAGCCAUGCAUGAGUUUCAGAACUUGCAUUCCAUCAACAAGGGUCGUAUCCAGGAGUUUGUCAGAGGGCACUUCUAUGGUCAUCUCGACUUCAACCUGGAGAAGACCCUCUUUUUCUUCAUCGCGGGACGCUAUGAGUUUUCCAACAAGGGAGCUGAUAUUUUCCUUGAAUCACUGUCCAGACUCAACUACCUACUGCGGGUCCACAGAAAUGAUGUGACAGUGGUAGUUUUCUUCAUCAUGCCAGCUAAAACCAACAACUUCAAUGUGGAGUCACUGAAGGGCCAGGCAGUCCGUAAACAGCUCUGGGAUACAGCUCACACUGUGAAGGAGAAGUUUGGCAAAAAGCUGUAUGAUGCUCUGUUAAAAGGACAGAUCCCUGACAUGAACUCUAUUCUGGAUCGAGACGACUUCACCAUCAUGAAGAGAGCUAUCUAUGCUACUCAGAGACACAGCCUCCCUCCAGUGACCACUCACAACAUGCUGGAAGACUCAGAAGACCCCAUACUGUCCAAUGUCAGACGCAUCAACCUCUUCAACUCCAGGAAUGACCGUGUCAAGAUUAUUUUUCACCCAGAGUUCCUGUCCUCCACCAGUCCUCUGCUGCCAAUGGAUUAUGAGGACUUUGUUCGAGGCUGCAACCUUGGAGUGUUCCCUUCCUACUAUGAACCAUGGGGAUACACACCUGCUGAAUGUAGUGUGAUGGGCAUUCCGAGUGUGACCACCAACUUGUCAGGUUUCGGGUGCUUCAUGGAGGAGCAUGUCUCGGAUCCUACUGCUUAUGGCAUUUACAUUGUGGACCGGCGAUUUCGUUCAGCUGAAGAGUCUUGUAACCAGCUGACCCAGUUCAUGUUUAGUUUCUGCCAGCAGUCUCGGCGCCAGCGCAUCAUACAGCGGAACCGAACUGAGAGGCUGUCAGACCUGCUUGACUGGAGAUACCUGGGAAGGUUCUACAUGCAUGCACGCCAUCUUGCACUUAGCAGAGCUUUCCCAGACAAGUUCAAGAUGGACCCCACGGCUCCUCUGAAGACAGAGGGUUUCCGUUACCCCCGGCCAUACUCGGUACCUCCCUCUCCCUCUGCUUCCCUCCACUCCACCCCCCACCACAGUGAUGUUGAGGAUGAUGAUGGUGAGCCCUACAAUGAAGAUGAGGAGGCUGAGAGGGAUCGGCAGAACAUCAAGGCUCCCUUUGUGUUGGGUGCCGUGCCAGAGGGCAAGAAGAAGCAACCAGGAGAGUCAGGAAACUGAAAUUCACCAUGAUAACCUGCAGAUUGUACACAACUUUACAGUCACAGUUGCCCAGUCCUUAUUCUGGAUGUGUAGAGUAAUAACCAUCACAUUCCCAGAAAUAGAUUAGUAAAGGAGAUCAUAUUCCUGCUGCAAAAAAAUAACCCAUCUCCACUUUUACAUAAUGUAUAUCCACCUCUGCUUCAUAAGAUUGCAUGAAAAAAGUUUCCUGAAAGUUUGUGAAUUUGAGUUAAAUUUUUGUUUAAAAAAGUCCUUAAAGUUAUACCCUAGCCCCGAUCCAGGUCCAUCACAAAACUUUGAUUCAUUUUCUGAAAAUCAGUUUAAUUGUGGUGUUCCCCAAGGCUAAAUUCCUGGCCCACUGUUGUGUUCAGUGCUUCCUCGGAUAGGCACGAGAAUGAUGUUGUCUUCUCCUGCUAUGCAGAUGACAGACCAUUAUAUUAAUUGGAUAUAUUUUCUGCAAUCUGCAUCCAUAGACAGCCGCAGACUUCUAGUCAUGUAGACAAAUGUGCAGUUUCAGUCAUAUUAGAGUGGUCUGCUUUGAUCUGGUGUUCCACACAUACAAAUUUCCUGAUCCACACUCCAUUACAGUUGUUCGUGGUAAUGCGUCAUAAUGUUGCUUUCCAAUUGCCAUAACAAUCAAGCAGAAGAAAAAAUAUUUUCAUUAGGAAAAAAAAUACCCAAGGCAGCUGGCCACAGCACUAGCAAUGUGGGCAACACUCAACACCAGGCACAACCUACGACAACAACACUGAUUUCUUUCAUACAGGAGAGACGUGCAUCAUGGCAAGAUGGCUUACAACCAUGGCAGCUGUAAGGAAAGGCCUACUGAACUGGAGAGCUCUAUCACCAUGUACAAUUUGUUGAUUUGGACUUUGUAACAUGCUGUGAUACUUUGAAGUGCAUAAUAAAACCUGAAAGCUUGAAAACUUUA